AUGAAUCUUCGCCAUCAGCAACAAGUGAAUCUAGCUCCAUUGCUAAUAAGGAUCUGUCUCCAGAUGCUGUUUCUCUGACUGCUCUUUCUCCACUACAAAUGGUGACAGAUGCUGGAUUGUCCGCACCAAAACCUGAGAUAAAAUGUCAGCCCAGAACGUCAUCCAAAAGUGUUUACUAUCAGUAUUUCCAUUCUUCUCAGAACUACUCACAAGGUACAGAAAAUAAGGAAAACCCCACCCAAGCAAAAGUAGGUUUACCUACAGAAGGGGAAUCCAAGGAAACAGAACAUCAGAACAAUAUGGAUUUCGGCUCCUUAAAGUUCAACCCGAGGCCCGGAAAGGUGAUCCUGUCAGAUGUUAUACAUCAUGAGAACAAGAUUGAACUGAAAGGAGACGCUCUUGAUGCAACAUCCUGGUUGUUCCCAAAUGGUGUAAAUAUCCGUGUGAUCAGAGGAUGCUGGAUCCUGUAUGAGAAGCCACACUUUGAAGGUGAAGCACAUGUCCUUGAAGAAGGGGAAGCUGUGUUACUGCACCUCUGGGAUCCUCCAGGAGCCAGAGCUAAGCCAGAUAAAAUCAGCAUAGGGUCAGUAAAGAGAGUAGUGAAGGAUUACCUUCCAGAGGUUGUAAUAUCCCCCCUAGAGGACAUGCCAGACUCUCCAGUGUAUAUUCAUACAGAGGUUCCAUCCUUAGAGCAUCUGGUGGACAGACGGCCCCGAUCAUUAACAGUGAAUUCAGGAGUGUGAGUAUGGUUUGUUACAAUGAUGUUUUCAUGUUCAUGAAUUUUGAUUUAUUUACCAAAAGACAUU